AUGUACACGUUCACAGUGUAUCUUUCAGUUCCUCUCAUUACCCCUCCUGUAUCAAUAUUACCAGUAAUUGAUGGACAACAAAUAUCAUUAAAUAUCAGUAUUAAUGUCAGUGAACUAUGCAAAGGAGAGUAUCCUAAUGGUAUAACAGUUACUAUACUGAAUACUCAUAAUAAUGAGAUACAAGAUAACAGUAUAAUAGCACAAGUUAAUGAUCAACUGAUGAUAACUGGAGUAACAACUGUACCUAAUAAUUUAAAUGCAUUUAUUGUUAAUAUAUCAUUGAGUAAUAAUGGAGGAGAAUUUCUACCUACACCUUCUUUUGGAUUUGGUUUUCUUGGACGAGUUACUAGCAUUGACUCUUCAAUCGACAACUGUUCUACUAUUAAUAUAACAUGGACUGCUCCUACAGUUGAUGAUAGAGUAUUUAUACAGUAUUACAUACUAAGAAUAUAUGAUGCUAUUACUGGUAGUCUAGUGGACACUGUGUCAAUAUAUGAUACUAGUUAUCAGUUUGUGGAUAAUAAUUUAUUUAUUCAUCGGUUAUACAUAUGUUAUAACUGGAGUUAAUGAAUUAGG